CCACACAGAUCUAAGCCAGCUGCCGUGGUUUAAACACUUCACUGCAAAGAGAGAGUGGAAGCGAAGGGGAAGCCGCAUGCAUCCCCCCCCCCUACCAGUGUGUUCAGAGGACAGAAGCAAGGCAACGGCAGGCUCUAAAAAAUAGAGAUGAGCAGCAACAAAUUGUGGAUUUUUGGUUUGCUGGUAGGUAGGAGAAUUUAGGAGUCCGAUUCAAAUUUCUCAAGACUUAAAGGGCCCCUGAGAGGAGGGGGGUUCUUUCAAGUGACCUCUGUGGGGGUUAAGCAGAAUCAGUUAGUGUGAAGCUCUGUGGAGGAGGGAACAGUUAGUGGGAGGUGGGAGGCCACACUGGGGCUCCUGCACUGCUCAAGAAGGAAGACAAAGCAGCUACCCGGGGAAGCAGGGCAAGAAGAGAGGAGGAGAUGGCCACUGGAGAAAUCACCACGCUUCCUUCCACACCUGAAGACGGCGGCAGCGGUGGCUUUCCUCCGGGGGGCUUUAAAGAUCCCAAAAGACUUUACUGUAAAAACGGGGGCUUCUUCUUGAGGAUAAGGUCUGACGGGGGAGUGGAUGGAAUCCGGGAGAAAAGCGACCCCCACAUAAAGCUUCAACUCCAGGCGACCUCAGUGGGGGAGGUGGUCAUCAAAGGAGUUUGUGCAAAUCGCUAUCUGGCCAUGAACAGAGACGGACGACUGUUUGGAGCGAGACGAGCGACAGAUGAAUGCCACUUCUUGGAGCGACUCGAGAGCAACAACUACAACACCUACCGCUCCAGGAAGUACCCCAACAUGUACGUGGCACUGAAGCGGACUGGUCAGUACAAGUCCGGGAGCAAAACUGGACCGGGUCAAAAGGCCAUUCUCUUUCUUCCAAUGUCAGCCAAGUGCUAAUCUGGGAUUUCGUUGAAGAUAUACUUUGUGUCUUUGCGACAAAGAAGAAGAUGUGACGGCAAUGAAGACACAUUUGGUUGAACCAUCAGUCAUUGCCCAAAAUAGCUGUGAUGCUUCUCACUGUUUUAUCCUCGACAUGUCCGCCCAUGCCUCGGCUUCACUUUCACUCUCAAACACGGCUUUUUCACUGUGGACUGAACCAGCUGCUGCACGGGGGGCAUCUGGAGCCAGGUGCAACUCUUCUCUGGCACCCCAGGUUUUAGUUCUUUUCACCCGUACAACUUCUCUCCUCUGACUGAGUUCUAAACUACAACACACAUUUGCUGGAUUAAAAAGGGGAAAAAGAAAAGCUCUAACUGGUGAAUUAUACAUUUUUAAAACUUGAAAACAAGAGAAAAGGGAUUUUAUUUCAUGAUCUUGUGAUACCAAAUUUAGUAUGACAAAAAGAAAGAUACAAAACACAAGCUCUACAUACAGUCUUUAACACCACUCAGUAUCUUGACACACUUUAAAGGAUGCAGAAAAUGUUUCCUGAGCUUGUUGUUACUUUACCUGCUGAUUCAUCUGGGCUUCCCUUUUCUACUUAACUUGAGAAUUGUGCUAAAUGGCACCAGAGAAAAGCGUUAUAAAUAUUGGGUUUAAAAAAAAGAAAAAAAAAAAAGCUACUCGUCAACGAUUGGUUAGCUUACACUGGUGGUGAGCUUGUAAUCAAAAACACUUUUAUUUAAAAUUACAGCUUCAUUUUGUACCAUGAAAAAUUAAAAUAUCUGGUAGCAGCUAUUGUGGCCCAACAACAGUUGACUUCCAAAAUGGCCGCCAUCAAGGGCUAAAUGAAGAGUGUAAAACUCCAGCAGUUCUUUAAAAUUCACAAAGUGAAUAACUAUUGCACCAUAUUUCCUUAACGGUAACAGUUAGUGUGUAAAAUACACUGCAAAAUCAUUUCAGUCAUAAAUACAGUUUAAAUAACUCAGACGUUCAUGUGUUAGCGCAGUUAGCAAUGCAAUGCUAACUUCUUCACGUCAAUGACGACUGGCUAGGACCUAAGAGUAGGAGGAAGCCGUCUGUGGUAGAGCUGGUAAAACAUCCCAGAGUAGACGGCGGGCAGCUCCUCCAUGGGGAGGUCGAUGUGGUGGAAGCCUCGCUCCAGGCCGUGGAGGAGGAGCCGGCUGACGCGCGAGGUGAUGGGUGUGGUGUCGUUGGUCUUUGCCAGCUCGGCGAGUUCCAGCCACUCGCAGCGCAGACACUCCUGCGUGCAGAAGUCGAUGUCGUAGGUGAGCGGGCUGAGUCGACAGAUGAUGUACAUGUCGGACAUGCCGAAGGCGCCCGGGUGGUUGUGCUGCUGCCGGAUGCUGAGCAGAGAUCUGAACUCGGAGCGAACGCCGGUUUCCUCAAAGACUUCCCGAACGGCAGUGGCACCUAAGAAAGAUUCAAUACAAUAUACAGUAUAUCGAUGUAUGUAUGCAUUUCAAUGAUCCUGACGAAAAGAGAUACUUAUAUUAUAUGUAUUAAAGGGAAAAUACUGUAAAUAUAUAUAUUUUGUAUAGACAAACAUUUGACGCUGCUUUUUUGGGAUGGGUCAUAAAUAUAUGUAACACUAAAGCUGCUUUUAAAAUGUUCAAAAAGGUGAAUUUGGAUUUUUUAAAUCUUUGCAUAUAUAUAAACUAUGUGCCUUCUGUUGUACAGGUCAAAUGAAUGUAAAUCAUCUUCAUGCCUUAUAGUAAAGCUGAAGGAGCGAUCUAGAUGUACUGUAUUUUUUGUUUUCUGCUCUGCUGAGCACUCACCGAUGUUUUCUCCUGGAUCGGACAAGCCUCCGGGGAACUUCCAAGCAUUCUUGGUCUGGAACAGAAAAGUUCAGAGUUCAAAAUCUGACAUCACUCGGCACUGCUGUAAAUACAUCAACAUGUUAACUUCAAAAAGUGACCAUAGUAACCAUGAUGCAGACACCAAUGCAGCCAAACUUCAAGUCCCUCGUUUCUUUAGAGUUCUUUCAAUCAGUGUCUAUGAAAAUGGACGUAGAUUUUAUGUGUAGAAACAUUGAGCAAUAGAUGAUGUGUUUAUUAAUCAGAAGUAAUAACUGAAUGUUUUCACAUGUGCACUCCUGAAAAUAUCUAUAUAAUUUCCAGAGGACUGCUCUGGAUAUUCUCCUGACCUGGCUGUUCACAUAUGCUCCUCACAGCUGGAGACUAUCCCUGUCAGACGGGAGGGGGGGAGGGGAUUACGGACGGAGCAACAGAGUCCGCUAAACGACGCUAUAAUGACAAUAUUUGCCUUUCUAUCAAUGCUAUGUGUAAUCCAAUGGAAUGACAACAUCAACAAAAGAGUAAAGAACAACAUACUGAUGAAAAGAAAACAUUUUGCAGCAGUUUAAUUACUUUCACGGAGAUCGUAGCGGUCGUUGGCAGACAGUAUAUAAACGUCACUCCCCCCCCCCCCUCCUAUUGGCUCGAGCUGAAUUCUCCUGAGAAUAUCCUGCUGGAUUCUCACAUCAGCUCACUCGGACUUACUAGAGGUCUGACAGGAGAAACUUGAAUAAUUUGGCAAUUUUCUGCAAGUUUGCAAGCCCUACAUGUUGACCUUCAACGUUAUGUUUUUAUCUUUUUUUAGUGCCUCAGUCUGGAGACUCUCACAUUUGAUGCGGUGAAGUGUGUCUUCCAAAACUGUUUCACCACUUAUCCUUGAUAUUUAAUGACAGUGUGCUGCUGGUUAAGUUAUGACAUCAGUGUUGUAUAUAUAUUUUUGUAUUAGAUUAUUAUUAUGUUUGCUAAGCUAUUUCGCUAUCUUAGACAUCCCCUCCCGCCCCUCGCUUUGUGGGGAACACAAAUGCACUACGGCUUUUAUUUUUCAUGGAUUGUAAACAGAAUGGUAUAUUUUUGGAGCUGUUUCUAACACGUGUUUGUAGGAAGAAAUAAAGACAUUUCAUGUUA